AUGGCUUAUGCAUUAGGAUAAGAAGAUUUAAGUUUAGAAUCUUAAAUUACUUAAUUUCGUAUUGAUGAUCUAGUAAGACAUGAAGCAGCUGAAGCAUUAGCAAAUAUUAAUUAAAAAGAGGCUUUAGAGAUAUUUGAAUAGUAUUCUAAAAAAAAUAUUAAUGAUAAUCUUAUUAUCUUAUAAGAUACAUGUAUAAUUUGUUUAGAGAAGGCAAAAACAAUUAAAGAACUUGGAUCUUUAUAUGGAAAAAAGUAUUUAGGAACAAGAGAACCAGCUGCUCCUUUUUUAGAAUUAGAUAAAAAUCCUUUAGAAUAUAUAUAGAUGAUAAUACAACCUUAUUUAAUAAAUAUAGAGCAUUUUAGAAAUAAUGCUAAUAAAAAUUUUGAUUAAAUAGAUUAAUUAUUAAUAAGUAAUAAACUUGGAGCAUUAUUUAAACAUGAAGUAUUAAUUUAAUUAUUAUUUUAGAUUUGUUUUGUAAUUGGUUAAGUUGGAGAAACUCCAAAAUAAAUUCAUGAAGCAUUAAUUAAUAUGAUAAAAGAUGAAAAUUAACCAGCAAUAGCUCGUCAUUAAGCAAUUGCUGCUUUUCAAACAGUUAAUUCAAAUAAAGAAAUUACUCUUUAAAUUUUAAAUUAAUAUUCAAAGAGUCCAUAUUAGAUUGUCAGAGAAACUGCUUUAGUAUCAUUAAAAAUGAUGGAAUUCUAUGAUUGA